CAGUCCGCGAGAAUUUGCAUGUGGGCACCUCAUGUCAGUUGGGCUGAGAGGAAAUAGCCGUUUAUUCUUGGUCUUCUGACACGAAUAAGGAUGGGCCUCAUUGCAAGGGACAAGCGACUGAGUAUGGUUAGGGAGGAGGGUGUCUACGCCCACGUUAUUGUUUAACUGAGCCCUAAGACCCAGGCCUUGCAGAUUUGAUCAGAUACCUGGGAAAUGCUGGCAGACUAGUUCGUCAGGGGCUAAUUCUACCCGACAUUCAAUUCAGUUUUGAACCCUGUUAAGAAUCCGGUCAAUCUGGUUGCCAGGGUUAGCCAUAAAAAUCCAGGGUUCCCGCGCCGCUGAAAGGCGGCGGCUCGCUGAAUGAAAGGCCGCGGCGGCGGCGGCGGCUGAAAGAUGGCGGCUCCCGGAAAAGCAGCGGCGGCGCGGCGGCUCGCUGAGUGAAAGACUGAAAGGCGGCGGCAGCUCGCUGAAAGACUGCGGCUCGCGGAAAAACGGCGGCGGCCCGCAGACAGAUGGCGGCUCGCUGAAAAGCAGCGGCUCACGGAAAGACAACGGCGGCUCCUGAAUGCAAGGCGGCAGCGGCCCGCUGAAAGAUGGCGGCGGCUCCUGAAUGCAAGGCGGCGGCGGCGGCUCGCUGAAUGAAGAAAGACUGCGGCGGCCCGCUGAAGGACGGCGGCUCGGGUGGGACAGUCGCCAGGGAUGGGCAGCGUGAGGAUGCAGCGGGGGGUCAGGGGUCAGGGCUGCUCUCCUGGACGCUGAGCAGGGCCCUGCGGCUCCCGGGCGUUUUUGAGCGGGGAGCUGCCCAGCAGCCCCAGGUCAGGGAAGAGGAAGCGCUGGAGGUUUAGGAUUUGAUUCCAAACAUCCGGGACCCAGAGAAGCCCAGUACUGUGGAUGAACCGGAAGUAGUAGCGGAAAGGUGCGUGGAGGUUUAGGAAGUAAAUGAAGAGGACUAUUUGGCUACUAUCAGGUUCAUGUCAACAGUACCUCAUUGCUCUUUGGCAGCUCCUCCUGGGCCGUGCUGAAGAGUCAGACUUAAGCGUUGUUUACCGGUUAAGCAUAAGAUCCCUUUAAGGCGACGGCGCCUUCUCCGGGUCAGACUACCGGCGGCACCAGAAGCAUGGCGAACCCCGGAAGCAUGGAGGACACCGACCUGUUUAUGGAAUGUGAGGAGGGGGAGCUGGAGCCAUGGCAGAAAACCAGUGAUGUCAUUGAGGAUUCUGUAGUUGAAGAUUGUCAUUCAGUGGAUACAACGACCACAGUGUCUGUGAGCCAGCAGCCAGUCUCAGCGCCAGUGACCUUCGCUCUCUAUGCCUCCUUUGCUGGGUACCUCUCUAUAGCCACCACCGUUGGUAGCAGCGGGACACAGAGCAGCGACGGUUCGAAGAGGCCUCUCGUCAGUCUCGCUGCCGAUGACAAUGCCGAGAGGAAGCGGUGUCAGCAGAGGCCUCUCGUCAGUCUAGCGGCCGAUGACAAUGCCGAGAGGAAGCGGUGUCAGCAGACGAUGUAUAAACGGCUACUGGUACGGGGUACCUCGGCCGCGGUAAGAAGCCGGCGGUAUCGACAGAACAUGUCUGAAGCGCGACGAUUGGCAGAACGGGAAAGAAGACGGCAGCGUCGACAGAACAUGUCAGAAGAACAACGACUGGCACAACGUGCCGCGGCCGCCGAAAGAAGCCGGAGGUAUCGACGGAAUAUGUCUGAAGCACAGCGAUUGGCAGAACGGGAAAGAAUCCGGUGUCGCCGACAGCAGGCGUAUGAAGAACGAUUGGCACGUGAAGAACGAUUGGCACAGCGUGCCGCUGAGGCUGACAGCAGCCAGUCAGCGCCGAGCACUACCGGGACUGGCGGGAACAGCCUCCAGAGCGGAAACUAGCACCCUGGAGGGGUAUUACGUGGAUGACGCCCUGCAGGGCCAGGGAGUUUACACCUAUGAGGAUGGGGGAGUGCUCCAGGGCACCUAUGUGGACGGAGAGCUCAAUGGUCUGGCCCAGGAGUACGACACAGACGGGAGACUGAUCUUCAAGGGACAGUACAAGGAUAACAUUCGGCAUGGACUGUGCUGGAUAUACUUCCCAGAUGGAGGCAGCCUGGUAGGGGAAGUAAAUGAAGACGGGGAGAUGACUGGAGAGAAGAUAGCCUAUGUGUACCCGGAUGAGAGGACUGCACUGUACGGGAAGUUCAUUGACGGAGAGAUGCUGGAAGGAAAACUGGCUGCCCUGGUGUCCACUGAGGAGGGCAGGCCACACUUUGACCUGAUGCCUGGAAGUUCCGUGUACCACUUCGAUAAGUCGACUUCAUCUUGCAUUUCUACUAAUGCUCUUCUUCCAGACCCGUAUGAAUCAGAGAGGGUUUAUGUUGCUGAAUCUCUCAUUUCCAGUGCUGGAGAAGGACUGUUUUCAAAGGUCGCAGUGGGACCUAACACUGUUAUGUCUUUUUAUAAUGGCGUCCGCAUUACACACCAGGAGGUUGACAGCAGGGACUGGGCCCUCAAUGGAAACACCCUCUCCCUUGAUGAAGAAACCGUCAUCGACGUGCCUGAGCCCUACAACCACGUGUCCAAGUACUGUGCCUCCUUGGGACACAAGGCAAAUCACUCCUUCACGCCAAACUGUAUCUACGACAUGUUUGUCCACCCCCGUUUCGGGCCCAUCAAAUGCAUCCGCACGCUCCGAGCAGUGGAGGCCGACGAGGAGCUCACCGUGGCCUAUGGCUAUGACCACAGCCCCCCGGGGAAGAGUGGGCCCGAAGCCCCCGAGUGGUACCAGGUGGAGCUGAAGGCCUUCCAGGCCACCCAGCAGAAGUGAAGGCCAGGCCCUGGGCUUCAGAGACCUGGAAUAGGAACUUGGAUCUAUGCACUAUGUUCAUCCAACUACGGGACAACCAGGGACUGCUCGUGCUGUGACAUCACACAUCCUCUCACUCUGCGUUCGCAACAACCCCUUCUCGCAUACUAACUAGGUUUGACUGUAUUACUCAUACCAGAUUUAAAAUUAGCUAGCCUCCCAGCGGCGUCCUUCUGAGAGGCAUUGUGGAGCACUUGACGUAGACAGCAGGAGGUUCUUGGGUGGUUCAAGUCUAAAUCUGGACCACAUUCAGAGAUGCCAAAUGAUUAGACUGAAAAAGGGAAAGGGGGCUUUUGUGUCGUUUUUAGUCAGUGGUUUUUCCAUGAUGUUUUUUUCCUAUGGCCAAUGCAAAGCGUGCUGUCACCACGCCUGCAGAUGGGCCAUAUGGAAGAUAGAGAAUUACUACAUUUUUAUUCUCUAAAUGUAGUAUAAUUUGCCUUUUAACCUUUGAUCUGUAUCUUGCAAUAGAAUGGCUUUGUUUUUUUCUCCCCUAGCAAACAGAACCCCACUUUUGAGCCAUUUCACCCCUCAGUCCUGUUCCCUAUCUUAGAUAUCUUUCACAAGGGAAAACUCCCAAAUGGAUUUUGUGUCAGUGCCAGUGUGUAGGUCUCUCUGGCUCUUUCUAUAUCAUUGUUUCAUUAUUAUGUCCUAAUAUUAAAGAACUGGCUCAUAGAGCCGGGGUAUUAUUAUAGAAUUACUAUUCUCGCAUGUAAACAAAGAUAUCUUUGCAUUAAGAUGUGAGAAGAAAGAGUUUACUUUGUUUGCAUUAAGUUUAUGGAAGAGUUGUAAUAUAUAUAUUUUAAGGAAGAAGAGAGGGAAAUUAGUAUUUCUAAGCAGUAACUGUGGCGAUUUUGCAAUAUCUUCAAUAGCGUUAGCAAUUCUUUUCUCUGGGCAUACACAUUAAAUGUACAUAACAUAGAGCAGUCCGGCUUGUGGCACAGUGCGCUGAAUUCAGAAGUCAAAUAGCAAGCUUGAAUUCUAACACAGAGUUCACAAGUUGUCUUGUUUUUGUUUGUUUUUUAAUCGCUACUAUUAAGAGAGACAUACUGAUCACUAGGUACAAAUCAACCCUUAAUGCUAAAACUCUUCAUCAUUGUAAUUUCAAAGCACUUACCUGCUUCAGAGCAUUGUGAAUUCAGAGUAACACCUGUAUAGUUUUAAAGCAACGAUAUCAAUAGCAUUUCAGCCUUUUUGCAAGCCAUGUGUAAUCACGACUGCAGAAAUAAGGAGAAAAAAAACCUGUUUUUAGUUUAGCUAAUUAGGUAUAUUACAUAACUGGGAUUGCUCUGACCGAAUUCGGAGAGCUUGGGGUUUCUGUGAGCGCCCUCACCACGUGCGAUAGCUGGUCUUCCCUAGACUCCCCCACGGGGUGGCUGGGAGGUCUGCGGAGCAGCAGUGACUCCACCGGCAGCUGUCACCUGACCAUUUUGGUCCCGGAAGCUGAACGGAGCCUUCCAGGCUGUAGCUGGUAGUGAGCUCUGGCUGAGGAGAGCAGGUUUGCUGGGAGGAGGACAAGAGCAAAGAACCCAGCAGAAGACGAUCUGAUAGUUCCUGUCCGUUACGCGUUGCUCUUAGGAAGAAUCGCCCAGAUGUGCCUGACCCAGGCUCUCACGGCCUUCGGUGCAGGCAGCCCCUGGGCACAGGACUUAGCCCUCCGCGCGGUGACAAAAGCCGCCCUUCCUCUUGUGUGCAGGCCAGGCUUGCGGGGCCUCCCUCCCCAGCAGGGCCGGAGCAGCUGGGCGGCCAGGUUUCAGGGAGAUAAGCUGAUGGUCCACAUGAGAGGUUUCGGGGCUGCCAGAAAGAUGUCCCACAAAGGACCGAAGAUGCGUUCAGAUUCGAAGGCACCAGGGUAGGAUCGCUUCUAUUCUGUAGGAAGAGGCCGCUCUGUAAGCUGACAGACAGGCGGCCUUGGGACUUGUGUUCUGACAGAUGCUUUCCUUCCAAUGGGUCCCCACGCGAGGGGGUGUCAGCGGGAGAAAGGUGGCUUUAAUGAACCCCAAGGGGUUGUGCUGUGGAGUCAGGUCAGGGAGGGAGGUCAGGGAGAGGAUGGCGGGGCCACACCUCCGAGGCAGCCACCCUGGGAAGGAUUUCAUUCCUGAGACUGCAAGGGGGUAUGAUUUCUGUCCUAUGGGCUACUCUAAUUACCCCAUUCAAAUGGGACUUUUCUUCUUUUACUUUUUUUUUAUGAUGAAAGGGAUUGAAGAGUUGUAAGUAGUGAGUAACCAACCAUCCAUUCAUUACGUAUUGGAUGACAACACUCUGCAUCUAAAGCCCCGCAGGAAACAAACCCAGCAGAGCCUCUCUCCGUCUUUCUCCCUCCUCCCCUCGGGGUCUGCUGGCUCUUCUCCUGCCCUCUCCUUCCUCUUCCUCCCUCGUCUGUGACAAGGCCUGGUGUCUGCGCACCUACACCCCCAGCCGACCUCCCGCUCUCUCCCUCUCUCUCCUCUGUGCUCGCAGCUCCUCCCUGGAGGUCUCUCUGGCUCCCAGCGCCCUCUGUUCGGACCGCCCCGUCUGUCUUCCCCUCGGUGUGGACCUCUCUCCAUUUACCUUGUGUCCCCUCUGGCUCUGUCGCUCCUGCCGUGCCCCUGCCACACGCACACACUCCCAGAUGUGAGGCUCUGUCACAGGGGAGAGCGGGAGGAGGCCGGGGUUCACCGUGACCUGGAGGUAGGACCAGAAGUCGAGGGAGUUGACGGUCCCUAAGGAAGUAACUGGUGGGUAAGCAAGGGUUGUUCCCAGUUGGAGCCGAAUCCUUACAUCCGCUGCGGGAGGAAAUGCGUCAGAGCCUCCGGGGCUGGUCGUGUCCUCAGCGUCCUAAUCACAGCAGGAAAGGGGACGAUCUCAUGUCGAGGGGAAUAAAGAAGUCACUUUUUGCUCACCCCCAAACUGGCCGGUGCCCGUGGGUGUGCAGCCCGCCAGGUCACGAGGGGAUUCGCUCAGAGCCUCUCAGCCCAGCCCCUGCAUGACCAGAACUUUCCGCAGCAGCUUUUCUGGGGUGAAAUGUUACCUUGUGUUAGUUAGGAAUAGGAACUCAUCCGUGGGAGGAUGUCCCCGAAUGGACAUCGGGACGGACUGACAAAAACAACUGUAAGAACUGAAUUUCCCACGCAAAGAAAGGAUGGAAUUACGAGAGCAGGCCAGGAAGACUUGAGUUCUAUAGGACCUGUUCUUCUGUUCACGGCUUCGUGCCUGGGCUGCCUUAUCCAAGGCCUCUGUGAACCUGCCGGGGGCUGCGGUGAAACUUCUUUGCCCUCCGGAGGUUCUUCAUGCUUGAAAAACGAUUUCCUUCCCACCAACCAUCUGAAAAGGCCCAGGUGGAGGCCAGGUGUCACCAUCCCAACGUGCAGCUGUAAUUGUUAAAAUGGCAGGAACUGUGAACAGUGAAUUCUGGGGUCGUCUCGCCAGUGAGAGAGACGUGGCACUUUAGUAACUUCCCUUUAAUAUAGAAAAGUUUCAGCCACUCACCUGCAAAAUGCAUUUAAGAUCUGCCAAGAAGGUGAAGUUGUGUUUUGCUUUGUUUUAAAACAGUUGCCUCAGUUUCUGUCCUAAGAGCAGUGAAUUAGAAGCCAGACAUUUUUCCUUUUAGAAAAAAACGAGCAAAAACUAUGUUGCAAAGCUGAUGGUUGUGAUGUUUCUUUGCCACAGAUCAAAGGUUCACAAAAUACAUUAAAUCCACAUCUACUUGAGGUACCUUGAUAGGUUGGGGUUUGUUUGUUUUUUCUUUGAUCUUUCCCUUUAGGAGGCGGAGCCUCGGUGUACCUUUUUUAGUUUAAAAACUCUAAAUUUUAAUGGUUUUAUUUUGCCAAAUGUGUGCAUACAGACUCAAAGCAAUGAAACGAUUUCAAGCCAUACAACCACAAGGGUGGAAACCCUGUUCACAAAUUUUAAUGUGUUCGUAUGUAAAUAGAUGUUUGUAUGAAAUAUUUUCAUGGUAGAAUGACUAUAUUUAAAUGAAGUUGAAUUAUUCCAGUGCUGUUUAAACAAAUUACAAAUUUUUUUGGUGAGAUUUAUCUGAGUCUAUUGAGAUACAAUGCAGAUCAAUUUUGAUUUUUAAAAAUCAAAAGCCUACAAUUAACUCUGACCCGAGGCAACUUCCCUGCGUUGUUGCACCUGAUGUGGAGAGAGCUUGUAGGCUCCCCAGUGCCUCAGCCCGUCCUGGUGUAAGUUAGGUGCUCGUGGAGGUGUCCACGCUUCAGCGACAUCACUCCUGGCCUCUGGGGGCCUGGGGUGAGUUCAAGGCAUUAGAGACACUGGUGCAUUUUAUCCAGAGCACAAUUUCUUUGCAGGGCAGCAGAAUCAGAAGCCAGACGUGGCCGUGUGAACCUCAGAGCUGGGUUUUCUGGCCACCGUCCACCGCCACCCUUACUGCCUAGUCACACACGUCAGGGAGGCUGCCCUCAGUGGAGUUGGGGUUCAGACCCCGGGGUGGGACUUCACGGUGUUGCUAGCAGCCCCUGCCUCCUGACCUCCGCCUCGCAGAGAGGAAGGGGGAGGGCGCAGCUGGCAAGGGGCCCGUUUCUCAGCACAGAACCUUUCCUGUCUCAGCUCUGGGAGACUAUGCACGUCAGCACCAAACUUCCAGCCAGAGAGAGACGCCCUCGGAUCACGCCAAUCCUUGCUUCCUCGUCUGUGACUUCAAGACCAAGACCAAUCACACCCCUGGGACAUACCUCCCAGCUCCCCUAAAACACUCCUUUACAAUGGUUUUCAACUUGAGUGGGGUUUUUCUUUUUUCUGCUUUGGUCCUGGAUAGAAUGACAUGACCAAUUUUAUGAAAAAAAUUUCACUGUGUAUACUAGCAAUAUGUCCACACAUGCCACUGUAUCUUAACAUUGGCUUGGUUACAUUUUGGGUCACUGUAAUUAAUCUUGAUUCAUGGACUAGGAAAUACAGGGACUACGUAAUGCCUGCUUAUCACAGAAGAAAUUAGGCUCGUGGUUCUGAGCUCCCUACUUCAAAAGUUUUCCUCCUGGUUUUCCUACCUUCUCUUUUUAUUGCAUUUAUGAGGUUGUGAGGUAUGUUUACGGAUUGGAAGCCAGGGGUGCACUUUCAGCAUUUAUUGCAACCAAAAGUUAACCGCACCACAGUUAAUGAGCAUCUAUGACUGGUCUUCUGUGGAAUUUGAUCUAAAUCUAUGAGCCUUAUUCAAUAUCUAUAAUUCUAUGAUUUUUUAAAAUUAUGGGAAAUUAAUGAAAGAUGUUUACAUGAAUAAUGUUUGCCCUUACUGAGUUAUGAAUGAGUUUUUUUGUAGUGUGUCUGGGUGCAUGUGCAAGAGAGUAGGAAAAAUGUUUCUGAAACAAAACUUGACAAAUAUUUGUAAUGAAAAGUAAAUUUGAAGAUUGCUAUAAUUGCGCUAUAGAAACAAUGCAAGUAUUAAACAAAAUAUACAAUCA